AUUGACAGUGGUAUAAGUAACCAGUAUUGUUAGUACCGUAAGUUAUGUAAUUAGCUGUAUGUGACAUAGUGUAUUGUCAUUAGUGUAAGUAUGUAGUAUUGUAAGUAAUGUAUUUUAUUGUACUGUUUAAAAAAAUAAAAUGUCAAAAAAAUAAUAAUAAAAUAAAUAAGCUCUGGUUGAUCUCUAACUACAGUCGUUUUAUGACGACACUAACAGACCUUCAUGAAGUUCAAAUCUGACUCACAGCCAGAAUUUUCAGUGAAGUCCUCCAAAACGAAACAAAAAUGCCAUUUCUAGCCACAAUUUAACAACUUUUUCAGAGCAUCUGUAAGGUUUAUAGAUGCUCUAAUCGAACGGUUUUAAUUAGAGAUCAACCAGUAGAUUUUGUCAGGAAUGAAACUUCCUCGUGCCCAGGCCUCCCAAGCCAAGAGUGACAGGAGGCUCUGGGGAGGAGACUGCACUAUUCCGUCCGGUUCACUUUCUCUUUCGUCUUACAUUUCUCUGAGGCAUUCAGCUCAAAUUGAAAUGGCUCUACAAAUUACAGACGACCACACUACAGAGAGUGUUGCUGAAGUGAUGUCACAAUUACAGUUUGAUCAAGGAACAAAGAUAGGACCGGAGGCACGUCAACAACUAUUAAGAGAUCUUGAUUUCCAGAGAGAACGUCAAGAUCAGGAUGAGGAAGAAUACAGUCAGUUUGUUUUCCAAGGCCAAUGUUUGAUACUGGGAGACUCCAGAGUUGGUAAAACAAGUCUAGUGAAGUCUCUUACCGGAAAACCAUUUGACAGUGAAGAACCAAGUACGAAAGGAGUUCAAACUAGCUGGGUAGACCGGAAGUGGCAAAAUCUUAAUGCUGACACAGACCUCAAGUUCGGAAGCUUUGGUCGAUUCUACAAAUCUGUUCGCUUUGUGAUUGCUAUGUUGGAGUCUGGAGGAUGUAGUAUCUUGUGUGAUUACGAAACCAUAUCUAUACUUUCUCCUGCUUCCAAGAUACUGUCGCUGUGUUGGAUUAUUUCCGUCAUAUGCUUGGGGGUGUUUGCCAAUCCGCCUGUUGGCUUUUACAUUUUUUCAUUCCUUGCACUUGUCACAGCAGUAGUACUCCCGUGUGUAUUGCGAGUUUUCCAUGUCAUUUCUAUAUGCCAGGAAUUUCUAUAUGAGUUAUCUAUUUUGCGUUUUUCUCCAGGUUUGAUGACAGGGCUUGUUGGUUUAAUGCUGUUAUCUGCAUAUGCAGAAAUAGGGAAAAAAGAAGGCAUCGAAUGUAGUUAUGUAGAGUUUUCGUUUAGUAUUAGAGGUUUACUGAAGGUAUUCGCGUGGUGUUUUCACCUGUCAGUUCUCUCAACAGUGUUCCUAUGCACAGUUAUAGAUUUAGCAAAUCCUCCAGAUAGGAAAUACUACAGUGCUACAAUGGAGUCUGUUGACGGAUCGUCGUUGGUCCAUGUAGGGGAAAGGGAAUCCGAUUUUACGUUUCUAAAUGUUGUAGCAUUUGUAUAUGCGUGUAUAUAUUCUAAAGCAAUGGAAUUUCUGACGGGUUCUUCACGUUCUGCAUUACUGACGUACACGUCAGUCCAUGAAUAUUGCCAAUUUCUUCAUAUUACAGUCAUUGUGUUUUCAGGUCUUUUGAUGUUUCUCUUAAUACGAACACUGUGCAGGGUAACUAACAUUAUGAAGGGAAUUGUGAGCCCCAUCUUGUUCAUAUUUGUUAUGGAGAGCAUACCCAACUGCUUUACUUCAUUUUAUUCAAUGAAGUCAUAUAGAUUUAUACUUGACAUAGGAUUUGCCUGUCACAUUAUGAUCCUUACAUGUAUUAGUAACUAUUUUGUAAAACUUAUUGAUUACAAGUCUGUAUUUAUACAUGUACGUAGGGUAGCACUAGAUUACCAAAAGUUGAGAGGAGCCCUUGAUGCUAAGUUUUCAAAUCUUAAGUUAGGCAUCCUUGACUUUGCUGGAGACAAAGAAUACUAUGUCUACCAUCACCUUUUUCUUCGAAAUCAGGCAAUUUAUGUUGUUGUCUUUAACAUGGCACAUUUUGCAGCUGACAAUUUCAAAACUGUAACUGGGGAAAUCCAAAGACUUCAUUUCUGGCUGGAAUCCAUUUGUAGCCAAGUAGCACCAAAAACACCAAUCUUCCUUGUUGGAACGCACAGAGGAAAUAUGAAUAAAUCCUGCAUUGACUGUCUACAGAAACACUUAAAACAAAGUCUUUGGCACAACUUUUCUGAUGAGCUAGUAGUAAAUGAAGAGGACAAGCUGAUAUAUUUUCCAGUUGAAAACAAGCAAGGAGCAAAUGAUAGUGGAAUCCAAAACCUUAAAAGAAAAAUAGUCUCCACUGCUCAGGAGCGCAAGACAACUAUUGGUUGUAAAAUUCCAUUUUCGUGGAUAAAAAUCCAAGAUGCCAUAAUUAAUCUCAGACAAAACAACAAGAAAGCAAAUUUUUGUGUUACACUGGAGCAGUUUCCAACUUCGUUUAAGAACUUUUUUAUUUGCAGCAACUGGUCAAAGGAAACUUUGAACUACUUCAAUGAGAAAGGACUUAUAAUCUAUGUUGAUCGAGGCCAGGAUUCAGAGAUGUCUAAAUGGGUUCUACUGAAACCAUCAAUACUUGUUGAUGUUAUAAUUCAGUUGGUCACUCCACCAGCUAGUGAUGAAAUGAUCUCAGAGCAUGGCUUCAGACGUGAUUGGACACUACUUCUCAACACCGGGAUGCUUACAGAGUCCCUUCUGAGGAACAUUCUCAGCAAAUUGCAGGAAAAUGAAGAAGCAAUGAAGGGAUUCCUUGAGGAAUAUGACAUUAUUUGUCCUUUAUUCUACAAGGUAACUAAUGAGAAAGAAGAGGCAAAAGUGACACACUUUGUUCCGUCACUGCUGCCAAUGUCAGUGAAUGGGAACACACCAGUAUGGCACAGUGAGCUCACAGACAAGAGGCUCUUUGUAUUCUUCAAGAGAUUUCUUCCCGAGGGACUUUUUCACCACCUCCUGUCACGUGCCCACAGACUCAGCAUGGCAAAUUUCCCUAGUGGACAGCCAGUUAUAUACAGAAAUGUUGGCCGGUUUUGGUUUUCACCCGCCCAGCCCUACAGGCUGUUAGCUCUUAAGAAGGAGAACAUGAUUGAAGUGACAUUUAGCUGCAGAGAUGAAGAGGGAAUGAAGCCAUCAGACGUGUUGAGCCUUGUGUUCCUUAUGGUGCAAGAGAUCUGUCAGAGGCACUUUCCUUAUGUCACGUUCCACUGUGGUCCAGCCUGCUCCUCAGACAAGUGUCCUGGGCACCAAAGUGAUUAUAUAUCACACCCAGGUGUCCAGCAGCCAAGCUCACGGCCGCAUGUGUUCAAUGUGUUACCUGCACGCCAGGAAGAUUUGUAUUCUUCCUUUUACUGCGUCAACCAUAAUUUUGAAAAUGAUUUAAAGGAAUGGUUAUUGUAGAGUAAAUAACAAGUAACACUUAAAAAAUAGUAAUUAAAAGUGUACUUGUUUACAAGUAUAUUUCCCUACAAUUGAAGUUCAGAACAUAGAUGUCAUUAUUACACAUGCAGAGCCCAAGUUACAUGUAAGCUAUAUGCACAAUAAAACAAAACUUGGGCUUGCCAGUAGCUAGUUUUUACAUUGCAACUUAUAGUAUGCAUUCCACCUAUGUAGAGUGAAUGAGUGUUGAGAAGUAACAAUUGUACUCCUAGUCAAGUCAGCUUCUGAAAACAGAGAUAAGCUCUGUAGGCUUCAAUGCAGACUUCACCUAGACAGUGUAGUUACAUGUAAUGGUUUACAUGUAAUUUAGGAAAUCAGAGUUUUUUGUUGCCACUCACUUGUAACAUGACAAACAUUCUACAAUCUUUUUCAGUUCACUUCAGCUUAUAAUUAACCAUGCUUCUACAUUUAUCACCAUACAGUAUGCCCUCAACAUUUCUGACUGCAGUAAUGUGUAGAACACAUGCCAAUACAAACUGGCAAAGCAGCCCACAGUGUAACUCACCAUGAGUCUCUCUGCUGCUUUGUGGAUAAACCACCGACCAGGACUGUUUAAGAGGAAAUUGUUUGAAUCCCAUUGAGGACUAAUGCUUUGUCCCACUUUGGUGACAUGAUGAACAUUAAUAUAUCUUGCUUACAUGGUUUUUUUUCCUUCAAAAAGCUAAUUCAAACAAUUCAAUUUAAUUUGCAAUGGGUAAAUUAACACACCUCUUUGAGGUUUGAUACAAAGAACAUUCCAAGAGAAAAGUGUUUUCUAUCUUUGGUUAAUUAACUGUUAGUAGCUGUCCAGGGGUUUCAUUAAGGGCUGGGCACUGCACAAAUUGACCGGCUGAUUUCGCCAGACUGGUUUGACCAUCUAGGGGAAACUUUUUCUUGUAGAGAGUUUCAGUUCAAAAAGUUUUGCACAGCUGUGAAAACCAGUUGCCCUCCUGCUGAAAACUUAAUGAAACACCUGGCUGUCAAGUGAUGCUA